AUGGGUCAACACAUUCUUAUCCUUGGCGGUCAUGGAAAGAUCGCGCAGAUACUGACGCGGCAGCUAUUGAAGAAGCCACGGACUAUCGCCACCGUUAUUCGAGCUCAAGAACAAGUUCCCCAGAUUGAGAGUCUCGCCUCUGGACAAAAGCGUCUUAAUGUUCUCGUCCGGAGCUUGGAAGACAUCAAGAGCGUCUGCCAAGCCAAGAACAUUCUCGAGGAGGUCAAACCGGACGCUGUUGUCUGGAGCGCUGGAGCAGGUGGAAAAGGAGGCCUCGAUCGGUUCAUUCCCAUAUCAUAUCUGGCCUGCCGCCGCCAAUCGCCGAGCUGGUGGGAUAGCGAUGUCUGGACGUACGCCCUCGAGAUGCAAAGCGGCGAUCUUUCUAAUUAUUGCAGGGCUAAGCUAGCUGCUGACGAGGUUCUUCUUCAAAAUUCAUCUCUCCAAUCCGACUUUUCAGGAAUAAGUCUUCGUCCCGGUAUGUUGUCGGACGAGCCCGCGGGGCAAGUCGAACUUGGGAAGACCAAGACCUCGAGGGGCAAUGUUAGCCGAGCGUCUGUGGCAGACACUAUCGUAUCAUUGCUGGAGAACCAAAAUGUGGAAAGUUCGUGGUUAGAUUUGUUAUAUGGUGACCACGAUGUCAACGUUUCUGUAGAAAGGAUCGCCAGCGCAGGCCUAGACGCGGCCGAAGGAGAAGGCAACUGA